AUGCCGCCAUCAGCGAGCGUAGUGCAGAAGCGAAUAGCUCACGAGAUCAAGAAUCUAUCACAGGACAACGGAGUCGAGGGCGUCAAAGCUAGGCCUAAAGAUGACGGCAACAUGUUUGACUGGUAUGCCGAGCUCCAAGGACCGGCCAAUUCGCCUUAUGAGGGCGGCUUGUUCAAGCUGAGCAUCAUCCUGCCAAGAGACUAUCCCUUCAAUCGGUCCAGACCGCAGCUGCAAUUCCAGACCAAAGUCUAUCAUCCCAACAUCAACCAGAACGGGCACAUCUGCCUCGACGUGCUCAAGCAUGCCUGGUCACCCGCUUUGACAAUCUCCAAAGUACUAUUGUCACUUCUGUCGCUCCUGACAGAUCCAAACCCUGACGAUCCUCUUGUGGGCGAGAUCGCAAUGGAAUAUCGCAGCAAUCGAAAGCGGUACGACCAGACCGCGCGAGAAUGGACGUCAAAGUACGCUCGUCCGCCGCCAGGACACGAGAUGCUGGCCAACAUGGGAUCCGAUGGAAAGUCUGUCGUCAUCGACCUCGACAGCUCGCCAGCGCAACUCACAAGCAACACUCCCGCUGUCCCGCGUGUCAAUGCUGCGCCACCUGUACCGACCGCGCGGACAUCCCGUACUCGCACUCGCUCUGAACGCCAGGAGGAUGCCAUCGUCAUACCGAGCAGUCCAGAAUCGCCAACACUGCCUGACACUCGGCCCCAGUUCAUGUGGGACAUGCCGGAAUCGGUCACACUUCAGCUCAUACCAUGGCAAAGCGGUCUCUGGUCUUUCGAGCGCAUCAAUGCCCCUCUUGACUCAGAAGUCUCGUUCAGAACUCAUCCCACAUGGACAAGCUUCGAGAAUGACGACAUCGUGCUGCCCGUCACAAUGACCGUCACAAUGAAAGCUUGGAGCACAAGGGCGCAGACCAAUGAUUUUGUUCAGCCCUAUCGGUCCUGCUGCAAAGUCAUCUACCGGAUGAGACUCCAAUUUUCCCUCAUCGAGGGCAUGUACUCGCACCCAUACAGCCAACUCGAGCUGACGCUCACUCCGUCAGGUGUCAUCGUCAUGUCAACUUCGGAUAUGGUCAGACUCUGUCGUUCGUCCAGCGAGAGCUCGCUUGCACUCGAUAGGUGGCCGUCCUGUCCUGCUCGAUAUUCGGCCCCAGAGAAUCUUCUCGUGGAAUGCGUGCAAGACGGCACCAAGAUUGACUGGGCCAGGGGUUGCGAUGACUUCCAGAUUGGCUGUGUACCGUUCUAG